AUGAGGAUCCUGACCAGUGCUUCUACACGAUCAGCUCAGGAGGCCUACAACUGGUGGGAUUGGGUCUACCGAGGAAAGAAGAUUCCCAAGACCCCCAGGCUGUGCAACAAGGGGUGCCAGUCGUAUGCUACCAUAUCUGAUAGCCUCCGCCAUGAUGAAAGAGCUGUGUGGGCACACCUUGAGCCUAUUCUGAAGGAGGUGAAGGAGCAAAAUCCCUCUGUCACCACUCUCCACUUCAUGAGUGACGGUCCUGUGACGCAGUACAGGAAUAAGAGGAACUUCUACCUGCUCAGCACACUUCCAUUCCUUUGGGGAUUCAAAGAAAUUACCUGGAACUACUCAGAAAAGGCCCAUGGUAAAGGCGCUCCCGAUGGAGUCGGUGGAGCAAUCAAACGUUGUGCCGAUGACAUUGUGAAAAUGGGAACAGAUAUCCAGACACCAAAGGAUCUCUACUGCACACUACAGGAGAACACAAGCUCAACUAUAAGGUACUUCUGGAUAUCUGAAGAUGACGUGUCCAGACAUGAUGAUGCAGUGCCAAGUCAGUUGCCAGUUGUUAAAGGCACCAUGAAACUACAUCAGGUUGCCUCACAAACCCCGGGGAACAUCAGUCACAGAGAGCUGUCCUGCUUUUGCAGCCGAGGAGGGAGCCAUUGUAACUGCUAUGGUCCAGUUGAUGUGGACUUCAAUCAAGAAGGAUCUGAAGAGACUGCCUCCACAAGCUCAAACUCAACACGGUUCAACCAAGAAGGAUCUGAAGAGACUGCCUCCACAAGCUCAAACUCAACACUGCAGCCCACACAAAACAACACACCAGAUUUAGUCGGUAAAUUUGUUGUUGUGAAAUACGAUGACCAACUUUUGGUCGGACAAGUUCUUCAUCUGGUGGAGAAUGAAAUUGAGGUGAGCUGCAUGAGACAAACUGCCGGAAAGAACUCAUUUAUGUGGCCAGAAACAUGUGAUGUCAUCUUUUACUACAUGUCUGAUGUGCAAGCAGUCAUCUCAGAGCCAGAGCCAUCCACCAAUCACAGCUCAAAACUAUGCAGCCCAGACUGGGAAAAAUUCAAAGAGAUGAUGUAAAUGUGCAGUUCCACCCACAGAGAAUACUUGGAUUAGAGAUUAGAUGGGGAGAUCUCACCCAAAAUGAGGUAUUUUAACUGAAUGUUACAUGUAGCCUAAUUCAAGAGAACAUAUGAAGCCAAUUUUUAAGGCAACAUUCCAGAUUAUAUAGCUACAGUAUGUUGACAAUUUUAUUCAAUCAAAAAGUUCUACUUUUCAGUGUUGAUGAUGAAAAUGUUAAUGAAGAAUACAUGGAUUAGAGAAUAGAUGGGGAGAUCUCACCCAAAAUGAGGUAUUUUAAAUGAAAGUUUUAGUUACAAGGCCAUGUAGCCUAAUUCAAGAGAAAAUAUCAAGCCAAUUUUUAAGGCAACAUUCCAGAUUAUAUAGCUACAGUAUGUUGACUAUUUUAUUCAAUCAAAAAGUUCUACUUUUCAGUGUUGAUGAAAAUGUUAAUUGAUAUGAAAAUGUUAAUGACUUGAUACUGACUUGUCAUGAAUGACUUACACUACUACUGUUGCCUACAUGUUGAUACCUUUUACAAUGGCUGAUGUUUACUGUAUAUGAAAUGGUUAAUGUGUUCAAAAUGCUAAGAUUAGUGUUUUUAAAUCUUAACAUGUUUUA